CAGCGGCUGAGCUACAUGGUAUUUCGACUCGGCAGCUAACGUUGUGGGGGGAUUCAUAUUUCCAAAAAAGGAGGAGGAAUAUCCAUUUCUUUUCUAAUUGGUGGAGCCAGAUUUGUACCAACAUGGCUCUCCACGAAUAUGUCACUCAGGACCAGCUCGCGGGCUUCGACAAAUACAAGUACAGCGCAGUGGACUCGAAUCCCCUGUCUGUCUACGUCAUGCACCCUUUCUGGAACUUUGUGGUCAAGUUUCUCCCAACGUGGCUGGCUCCAAAUCUCAUUACAUUUACAGGCUUCAUGUUCCUCGUGUUAAACUUCCUUAUGUUGGCCUUUUAUGACUUUGACUUCAAUGCCUCAGCUGCAGGACAUGAACACGUGCCUAGCUUGGUCUGGGUUGCUGCAGGGAUUUUCAACUUCUUGGCCUAUACGCUCGACGGUGUUGAUGGUAAACAGGCGCGGCGCACCAACUCCUCCACGCCACUUGGGGAGCUGUUUGACCACGGGCUGGACAGCUGGGCCUGUAUCUUCUUUGUGGCCACUGUGUACUCCAUAUUUGGGCGUGGGGAGAGCGGCGUAGGUGUGGCCACACUGUAUUACAUCCUCUGGGUGGUACUUUUCUCUUUCAUUCUAUCUCAUUGGGAAAAAUAUAACACCGGCAUCUUGUUUCUGCCCUGGGGAUACGACGUCAGUCAAGUGACCAUCUCCCUCGUUUACUUGGUCACUGCCAUCGUCGGUGUGGAAACGUGGUACCAGCCGGUUCUGUUUCACUUCCUCUAUAGAGACCUUUUCACCUUCAUGAUCAUUGCCUGUUCCUUCACUGUGACCUUACCCAUGAGCCUCUACAAUGUCCUGAAGGGUCACCGCAGUAACACUCUGAAACACAGCAGCUUGUACGAAGCCUUCCUGCCCUUCCUUUCGCCCGUCCUCCUCUUUAUCUUAUCCACCACUUGGGUGGUUUUCUCUCCAUCGAACAUCCUCGAGCUGCAGCCCAGGAUCUUCUACCUCAUGGUGGGGACAGCCUUUGCUAACGUCACGUGUAAGCUCAUUGUGUGCCAGAUGAGUAACACACGUUGCCAGCCGCUGAGCUGGCUGUUGCUGCCCAUGACACCAGUGGUGUUGUUAGCGGUGACUGGAGUCGUUGCCAAUGAGACGCUACUGCUGUAUCUAUGGACAGCUGCUGUCAUACUAGCGCACAUACACUACGGCGUAUCAGUGGUUCAACAGCUCAGCAGCCACUUCAACAUCUUUGCCUUCUCCCUGAAGAAGGCAAACAGUGACUGACAAGAGGAGGAACGAAUUGGCUUGAAAGGAGCCGAGGUCUAGGCCUCCCCUCCUCGGCUUACGACACUUCACUCUCAUCACCACGGAAACCGCAUCCCCUCCCCUCCAUCCAUGAGGAGGCUGCAAGUGGAACAGACUGUGGCCCUCUUUUCCACUGUCCCCAAACACAGACACACAAUACACACUCGCACACACAUUCCCAACCAACCUACCACCUCUGGACGCGGUGAUGGGGUGUGCCCAGGGGCUCUGGCUUCCGUCAUUGGUGAUUGGCCAACUUGGUUGAGCCAAUGAGGUGCAAUUGUUUCCUACGGAAAUGUGCUUCAGUCGCGAGGACAGGAGCCCAGACAAGCCAUGCAAACAUACACCAAUACAUCCAGUACAUUACUCUGCUUUAAUGCAGAUCCUUUAUAUCUCGUGGCAGGCAUUUCAAACACAGCCACACACACACACACAAACACACACACACACACACACACACACACACACACUUACACUUACACUCACAUAGUAUUAUGAAUGUAUAAUAUGCCUUGGGGAAACGCCAUGUCAGUUUUAUUAUAUACAUUAACAGGAAUGCCUCAAGUAGUGUUGUUUCAAGCCUGAGUGAGCCUCUGAGAUCUGGCCACAUGUGGCUCACACAUCCACAGCUGUGUCCAGAGUUUAAAGGUUCAGUCACCUUUUUAUCAUCGGACGAUUUGCAGCUGGAAGUCACGGUGAUAAAUGUUAAUAGCUAUAUAUAUACUGUAUAUGUUAAGGGGUUUGGGGCAUUUUAUUUUCAAACUGAAAUUAAUCUUUAAAAAAAUGAUAACUCCUGUAAAACAUUGUAUAAAAUUCCCUCUAAUUAAUUUCACAUUUUGUGGUGACAACUGAGUAAACAGAGUUGGAUACUGACCAACCAGGGCAAGAAUUGACCAGGGUAACCUCUGACCUUUUGAACUCUACUAACCUCCCAUUUUGACCUCUGUCUGAGCACUGGCCUCCCGGCUCGCCCUACUUUCUGAGGUGUCGUGUCUUCACGCUGAUUCGUUCAGUUUUUUUAAG